GGAAGCAAUGCCUUACAUUUCUGCAGGCAGCUCAAACUCAGAAGCCCCCAAGCAAGCUGGGAUAGAGCCUCUUCAUUGGCUGAAGCUCCUCCGUGCAGGAUUGCUGAGCAAAAGGAGAUGCAAUCACUGAGAGAUGAAAUGUGUUUCUACUGUCCUGGAGUCGCAAACGGCAGCACAGAGUGAAGACAUUCCUGCUCACGUUAUCAGCAGAAGACCCUUCUCCCUUGCAGCUGUCAGCUUUUACAUUAAGUUGAGCAAGAUGACCAAAGGAAAGAAGGCCACGGGGAAGAAGGUGGCCCCUGCCCCAACUCUCAUGAAGAAACAAGAGGCCAAAAAAAUGGUGAAUCCUCUGAGAAAAGGCCUAAGAACUUUGGCCUUGGGUUGGACAUCCAGCUCCAAAGAGAUCUCACGUGCUUCGUCAAAUGGCCCCACUCCAUCAGGUUGUAGCAGCAAAGGACCAUUCCCUAUAAGCAGCUCAAAGUCCCUUCUUCCAGUCACCAGUUUAUCCAGGCCCCAGACCAGCAAACAGCUACUCAGAUGCUUAAGCUUGCCCAUAGCUACAGGCCAGAGUCAAAGCCAGAGAAAAAGCAAAGGCUACUGGCCCUUGAUGAAAAUAAAGGUGCUGGCAAUAGGGAUAUCCCCACUUAGAGACCACCUGUCCUCUGAGCAGGGUCAAUACCGUCACCACCUUGGUGGAGUAAACAAGGCUCAACUGGUGGUGACAGCCCAUGAUGUAGAGCCCACUGAGCUGGUGGACUUCCUGCCUGCUCUGUAUCACAGGGUCCUCUACUGCAUCAUCGAAGGGGAAGGCCAGGCUGGAGCAGCUGGUCCACAAGAAGACAUGCACCACUGUUGACUUCAUGCAGGUUAACUCAGAAGACAGGGGUGGUCUGGCUAAGCUGGUGGAAGCUAUUAGGACCAAUUACAACAGAUGAUGUUCACUGCCACUGGGGAGGCAAUGACCU